AUGAUUAUUAAAAGGCAAUUCUUGUUCCUGGGAAUACUUCAUGGAAGCCAAAGGUCUGGUAUAACCAAAACAGUAAUUCAGUCCAAACCUCUCAAGUUUUUUCGUUUAAUUGGAUCAAAACUGACAUCCUUGCCUCUACCAGACUGGGAUAGAGGUGGAAGGAAAGAGAAGGAAAGCUUAACACCAUUGUAUGCAUCUAUGAAAAAAAUGAUAGAGCAAAACACAGGUUGUGUUUGCUUGAUUCAAGUUGGAAGCUUCUAUGAGCUUUACUUUGAACAAGCCGAAGAUUACGGUCCACAGCUUGGGCUUAGAGUUGCUACACGUAAAACAAGUAAUUACAACAUUCCAAUGGCAGGGUUCCCAGUCUAUCAAUUGCAAAAAUUUGUAAAGAUAUUAAUUCAAGAAUUACAAGUUAAUGUUGCAAUCAUUGACCAAUAUCCAACUAUCAAUAAAACAACGGACACAAUUAUACAUCGAAAAAUAUCUCGCAUAGUGUCGCCUGGAACAUUAGUUGAUGAAAGCUUCAUGAACUAUAAUCAGAACAACUAUUUAGUUUCAAUUUCUUUUCCAAGUAAUUUCAUCAAAGCUCCUGCUGAUCCCGAUAUGAGCGUCGGUCUAUCUUGGAUUGAUUUAUCUGUUGGAGACUUUCAUGUCCAAGAAACAACAUUGGUGGACCUUGUUUCUGACCUUAGUAGAAUCAACCCAAGUGAAGUUAUAAUUUCAAAAGACUUCCAAGAGGAGAAUUUGAUGAGCGGUGCUUGGUAUCCUGGAUUGCAAGAUUUAAAAAAGUAUUUUACAAGAUAUCACAAGACUGUUUAUGAAGACUUGAAGCAUCGCUUUAGAAGUAAUAUUCAAGCUACGAGGAAGCAAUUGGAAAAUUUCUCGGUGAGAGAGGAAGCUGCUAUGAACAUGAUCUUGUCAUAUAUAAAAGUCAAUUUGCCAGAUUCAAAUCCUUCGUUAGAUAUACCUUCACAAUACUGGAAACAGAACUGCUUACAAAUGGAUCCCAGAACACGAGAAGCCCUUGAGCUAACCGAACGUUCAACGAUUGGCCAUGGUUCUUUGGUUGGUUCUUUUUUGUCUACAAUUCGCAGAACAGUUACAAAUUCGGGGGCACGAUUGCUCACACAGUGGAUAAAGGCACCAAUAUUAGAUAUUGAGGAACUCAAAAGAAGACAGAGCUUCGUUACCAUUUUCAAAGAAAAUUUUCUCUUGAGGAUUUCUCUCAGAACCCAGUUAUCCCAACUUGGUGACUUUGUACGCUCGGUACAAAGGCUUGCUUUAGGAACAGGGGAUCAGACCAUUCAUUUGGCUGCGAUUGGAGAUGGAUUGACAAAAUUGGAAAACCUAAAAAUUUUUUUGAUUAAUGAAACACAAACUAAUGAUGAUUUGAAAAAUGUUCUUGAGCCCUUUCUUGCAAACUUCGACGUUCCUACAAGUUUAGCUUAUGAGAUUAACCAAACCAUCAAUCAUGAUUACCAAAACUCUACAUUUAGAAACCCGUCCGAUGAUGCUGAUGAGAAAGAUCCUGAAUGUAUUGUAAGUGCAGCUGUGACUGGGUCUUAUAGAAAUUCAGCUAUUGAAAGUUAUAAAGAUCGAGGGCUGAGGCAACAAGAUGACCCAACAUUUGCAGUCAAGAGACAUUACAACAAACUGCUCAAUAAAUUGCAUGAAUCAUUAGAUGAGCUUAAAGAGGCAGAAAAGGAAAUGUUGAGUCAAACGCAAAAUCAAUUGAGUGAUAUUGACGAAAAACUAAUUGUCAGAAAGAAAGAGCAGCUAGGUAGACAUUCUAAAGUACUUCACAUUUCUGGAAGACAAAAGCUGAUACUCAGUGGCUACGAACGUUUAAAAGAACAUGUAAAGGAAAAAAGAAAAGGUUCCUUACUCUACAAUCCUCCUGCUUGGAUUCAUUGCCAGUUACAGUUACAGGAUAAAAUCGACGCUAUUAAAAUAGCCGAAGAUAAAAUUAUUGAGAAAUUACGAAUUAAGGUGCUUGAUAGUAUAACUACUAUACGAAGGAUCAACAAAGAAGUCGACUUUCUUGAUGUCACAUCUUCAUUUGCUGUUUUAGCUGAGGAGGCUAAUUUUGUAUGUCCUGAAAUUGUGGAACUGGAAGAAUUGACUAUUAAGGAUGGUAGGCAUAUUGUGGUUGAAUCUGGUUUAAGAGCUGCCGGAGAAAUGUUUAUGCCUAAUGAUACAUAUAUUGGGACUGAUUCGAAAAUGUGGGUCAUAACUGGUCCGAAUAUGGGAGGUAAAAGUACAUUUUUGAGGCAGAAUGCCCUCAUCGUCAUCUUGGCUCAAAUGGGAUCGUAUGUCCCUGCAUCUUUCGCGAGGAUUGGAGUAGUGGAUAAGAUAUUCACUCGUAUUGGUGCUUCUGAUGAUCUUUUUAGCGACUUGAGCACAUUCAUGGUUGAGAUGGUUGAAGCUAGCAAUAUCUUGCAGAAUGCUACUUCUAGAUCUUUAGCAAUUGUGGAUGAAAUUGGAAGAGGCACUAGUGGUAAAGAAGGUUUAGCAAUUGCAUACGCUACCUUGUUGAGCCUUUUAGAGGACAACAGGUGUCGAACCUUAUUUGCGACACAUUAUGGUCGAGAAUUGGAUUUUUUGUUGGGCGCUGACAAUGUGAGUAAGGAUGCUAUUCGUUUUUUUCGUACAAGAGUUUUAGAGAAAAAAUCUUCAUCAGAAAUUUUGAAUCUAAUUAUUGAUCAUGUUCUAGAGAAGGGAAUCAGUGAAAGGUCUUAUGCACUUGAGGUAGCACAAAAAGCCGGAUUUCCUUCCACAACAUUAUCAAACGCUAAUCGUGCUCUAAAAUUGCUAGCUACCAACCAUUUAUAG